AUGUCGGAGUCUGUCGAUGAAGGGGCGAAGAACACCGAAAAAAAGCUGGAGGGCGCCGCUGACCAGGAAGAAGACCUUGCGGCGGAGGACGUAAGGAGUGCUGGCUUGAUGAAUCAGACGUGGAUGUGCACGUGUCGACAUUCACCAGAUUGAGCAACUGGAGUACCAGGGGUUGACAUUCCUUGAAUACAUGGAAGAGUUCGAAGUCAUCAAGCAAGAUGCCCUGGGCGAGACGCGAAAAGACAUAUACUCUUACAGUAACUCAAGAAGUACUGAGAAGCAGAGUUCUCCUGGUUUGUGUGACAUACGUUAACUCAUAGCGCAACGGCAGGCAGAGUCUGUCGGUCUCUCAUGAAACGAACUACGUCAACGUCGACCAACCCUCAAGUUCUCCUGGUUUGUGUCCUGUGAUUCUUCUGCAGUGGCUGUGGCCACCAGGGAACCUUCAUUGGAAAUCAAACCACAGCGACUCCUUCGUUCGAAAUCAGCGAUCAUGCCAAAGGGACUCUAUCAGGGAUAG